GUCGCAUAGAAACAGUAAAGUUGUGCGAGGCUGACAUUAUUUCCUAGAUAUAUUAUAUACUAUAUGUCAGAUAAAAGAGCAGUUUAUUUUUACACUGUUUUUCUCUUGUGAAUAAAAUCAUAGAAAAUGUGGUUUUCGAUCGAUGUAAUUAUUUUGAAUUUUUAUGGUAUGAUAAUAACAUAUUUUACCCAGGAAUCAAUAUCCGAAUUGUCGAAGGAAAUUGUGACAUAUAAGUUUUCUCCAGAACAAAUUUAUCAAGCUAAUCUUUUAGCUAGAAAUACAUUUGCGGAAGAUUUCUUGUUUGGUGUUUCACUGCCUAUUGUGAAUAAUGAAAGAAAAUCAUCGCAUUGUGAAGAAUCAAAAUGUAUCAUGAAUAAUGUUGCAAAAGGUACAAAUUUUAUUUCGCAUUAUAAGCAGGACAUUUCAUUUGCAAAAACUGUCAAUUCUAAAAUGUUUAAAAUGUCCUUAUCAUGGACAAGAAUUUUACCGCAUGGCUUCACAGACUUCAUUAACGAUGAUGCAAUAGAAGACUAUAACAUUAUUAUUAAUGAAAUUAUAGCGAAUGGUAUGACGCCCAUGGUUACCAUGUUUGACUGGGAUUUACCGCUCAAUUUACAACUUAUGGGAGGAUGCACGAAUCCUUUAUUAGUAACCUGGUUUGAGGAUUAUGCUAGAUUAAUAUUUGAAGUCUUCGGAGAUAAAGUGAAAUUUUGGGUUACCAUAAACGAGGUGAAUUUGAUGGCGUAUUCCAACCGCAGUACGCAUACAGCUGCAAUUAAUCAAUCUGGCAUUGCAGAUUAUCUUUGCGGUCAUUAUAUGCUAUUAGCGCACGCGAAAGUGUAUAAUAUGUAUAAUGAAAAUUUUCGCCAGUCACAAAAUGGAAAAGUUGGAAUUAUUCAAUUUUAUACGUGGAUGGAACCGCAAAAUGAUGAUGCACAAGCCGAUAUUUACGGACAGAGAAGAGGUCUCGAAUGGUACAAUGGUUGGCUCACCCAUCCAAUUUUCAGCAAAAGCGGCGACUAUUCGAAACUGAUGAAAAAUCGAAUAAACUUCAAAAGUCUCUUGCAAGGAUUCUCUCGUUCGCGACUGCGUUAUUUCACGGACAAAGAAGUGCAACUUAUCAAGAAUUCCGCCGAUUUCCUCGGAAUUAAUUUUUGCGGGGAAUUUAAGAUUCGCGCGGCAGAAGUAUGGGAUAGAGAUAGGAUAUCUUUCAAAUAUGACGCUGAUAUUGCAUUUCUUUUAGAAAGCGAAAAUAUAUGUAACACAGGCACUGAGGUUACAACGUCGGGAUUCCGUAAAUUAUUAGAAUGGUUGGAUAACAAUUACAUUCUACCGGAUGUUUAUAUAAUUGAAAACGCUUGCGCUAAUAUUGGGGAAAUUGCGAAUAACGAAGAAAUGGUGGAUAUAAAUAGAAUAAUUUACUUCCAACAGCACAUAUUACAAGUUAUGAAAGCUAUGCAAAAAGGUGUCAAUAUUCGGGGUUAUUUGAUUUGCUCGUUAAUCAAUAAUUUUUCACGUGACCAACAUACUGAAACAUCAAAAUCUUUAGUCGAAGUGAUCGCUAAUACCUUUCAAACGAAAGUCAUACAAUCGAGAAUAGAAGCAGCAAAUAUAAUUCUUGAAAUAGACGAAGAAAUGUUGUGACACGCAUAAUCAUGUAUAUAAAAUAAAUGUGCACAAAUAUAAUAGCGCACGAAACUUGUUUGAAGAGGAUUUAAUAUUAUACGAAAUAAUCUAUUGUAAGUAAUAUCUAAAUAAGUGUUUCACUUGUAUUAAUUAAUUGUAUUAUAU